CAAGGGCGACGCGACCUGGCUCGUCGACCUCCGCUCAUCGAGAGCGAUCAAGGGUAUCCAGAUCCAGCACUGGGUUCUACGUGGCUACAUAGAGCUCGGACCGGUUGUCACAGUACAUCGGUCUCCCAUCGGAUCCUUCCCACCACCUCGGGCAUCGGCUGAACUCCCUCUUCCACCGCUCGAUCCGGACAAACUAGUGAUCGGGUCGGGACCAACCCUUUCUCCCGUCCCGCGAUUAACGAUUCAGCUGCCAUCGAUCCUAUUCAUCCGAGUCUGGAGGCAUAUUUCGAUAACCGCCUGUUCAUAUAUACCCUUGGCACCGGACGAGGUCUCGCAGAAGUCCAGACUUUGAUCAACAGGAAACUUCUGGUUCGCAAUCAUGUUACCGUCACUAUCGAUCCCGGCUCUGGCAAGACCUGCCACCCCACCUCGUUCACCACACAUCGAGAACCCGGUCACCUCAUCCUUCCCUUUCCUCAGCAACAAAGAGUACAUGGCCUCCCUCGGCGGUACCUCCGCGGCAGGUAAUGGCCCUAUAUCUAGCACAGGAUCGACAUUCUCCACCUCGUCAUCGGUAGAAGGGGCAGCGAGAGCGGCAGUGGAAGCUCCGUUCCAUGCGGGACCUACCAACCCGUAUUCACCGGCACUGAGAGCGAGGGCGAGCAGGAAUAUACGGCCGACGAGGAGGGACGUCUUGCUCUGCGGGUUGACGCUGGUAUUCGCGUGGUUACUGUUCGGUGGUGGUGGGAGAGACGGCGGGUCAUUGUCAGAUACGAGGGACGCGUACCGUUCAGAAGCUGGACGUUCACAAGACGAUAUCGACGGAGGUUACUCCCAGUCAUCUCGCCAAAAAUACCACGACGACGAUGAUCACCCGGAUGGACCGGGAUACUUGUCACGGCUCGGAAAGUGGGGAAGCUUCGUUCCCGGUCUAGGCGGAUUGUUGGGCUCAAAGGGGACGACGAGGGGGCAUGGACAGGGUGAUUUCGGGAUAGAGACGAUCUGCGAGGUAGGCUCGGGAGGAACCGUCAAGAUUCAUGGGUAUAGUGAUAGCGUGGCCAAGCACCCAAUCAUCACCGCUCAAGUGGACACGGUCGAUGCCGACGGCGACCUGUUCGACGAAUCUGACGCGCCCGGGUUGACCAGGCUCGCCGCGCAUCAACCAGGAUGGACGAUCUUUGAGAACCUGUAUCUGAGCGGGGGAACGCUAUGGGUCGUCACUGACGACCCGUCGGUUUACCCAGAGAUGAGAUUAAUGACCUCGACAGGCUUACCGGCCAACGGAGAUCCUGGCAACGAAGCAGCGAGAGAACCCAAGGGGGACGAGUUGAUGUUCAUCACACCUGGACAGGCUAGGAAGAAAUGGGGAGAUAGGGUGUGGGAGAUGGAGGGUGUCACGUGGCUAUUCAACGACGGGCAGUUCAUCGACCAUUAUUACCACUUUGCAGCCGAGCUCUUGUUGGGAGUAUGGCGGACAUAUGCUUCUCUCGGUCGAGCGUUCGGACCGGAUGGUACGACCACUCUACCUGCGCCUGCUCGAGCGUGGUUCAUCCGCCACACCGAACAGACCUGGCGAGACAAGCCCCGUUUCAACUCUGCCAUUCUGUGGUCGGCCUUUCCCUCGAUGUCGGUGCUUUACCAGGACGACUGGGCAGAUAUCAAACGGAGCACGAGUUCGGGACUUGAGAAGGCCUAUAUCUUCCCCCGUGCCAUCCUCGCCGACCGGUCGGCCGCCUUUAGGGGUCAACACACGGCCAGCACGAGCAGGACCGUGGCCAGUGCCAUGCAGGUUGGGGAUCCAGGUCCGUGGUGGUGGGAACCCGUCAGACGUCAAGUCUUGCGUUUUGCAGGUGUUCAAGAGGACGUCCUCGACAUCUCCCUCGAAGGGUACGGAGCGGUAGAUCCGGCGAAAUUAUCGGUGGACCCGGACCUCGUCAAGGAGCUCACCCCGCCUGCCAGAGAGCCGUUGUCCAGCUUGAAGGAGAUGGGCAAGCAGCCCCUCGUUACCUACAUCAGCCGACAGAGCAGUCGGAGGAGGUUGACGCCGGAGAGCCACAAGGACUUGGUCAAGGCGUUGGAAGCGCAUUCAAAGGCGAACGGGUGGGAACUCAUGGUGGUUGAGGCUGAGAAAUUGAGCAAGGAGGAACAGUUGCAGCUGGCAGCGAGGACAACAAUCAUGCUCGGUGUACAUGGCAACGGUCUUACGCAUCUCUUGUGGAUGCCAGCGACACCACGAAGCGCGGUAAUCGAGAUGUUCGUCAAGGGCGGAUUCGCCCGGGAUUACCAAUGGACUGCGCAAAACUUGGGCAUACGCCAUUUCGCCGUCCGGCACGACGAGUAUUCGACGUCGCCCAACGAGCCCAAGGUGGAUUACCCGGAAGGAUUCCAGGGCACAGGAAUCACCGUCAAGGGGGAAGUGGUCGCUCAGCUCAUCGACGAUCGAUUGGCAGGCAAGCUAUGAGGGGAAGACGGGCAUCAGUAAUAUGAGAGGAGCUGGAGACAGGAUGGUUGAUUCGAUGACGAGGCUCGGCUGGAUGACUGGACUGGACGCGCAGGUUCUUUUCCUUUUUCCAUAUUCAUCGGGGUUCAUAAUGGCAGGACAGGGUAGAGGUCGUCGAUACUGAGCCGUUUUCCUAUUUUGGGUAUCGGAUGACAUCGUCUCCGACGAUCGAUCAGCGGAACAAUUGCGAGCUGAGAAGCGUGGGUAUAUAUCCACUCUACUGUAUUUGUAUAUGUUGCAAAAGGACGAAGUGGAGAAUCAUAUCAUCUCGUCAAAAGUGCAUGAUGGGUGUGUCGGUCUGACGCGUGAGAAAGCGAUUUCCCUUUCGGUAAGAUCGCGCGCCAGCAGCGAGUGACGGGUCGAUAUGGGUAUCGAGGUAUGGAUUAUGAACGAG